GCCUCUCUCUCAUUGGUUAGGGGGCUUGGAAAAAAGAGACUCGGCGAGCCCUCGCUGUGGUGCUGCCGCCGCCGCCGCCGCCGCUGCCGCUGGAGUUGACUCUUCUGCUCGCACUGCUGCUGCAGCACAAACGUGACUUCCAACAUUUUUUAUUUAUCUCUCCCUUUUCUUUUCCAAGAUGUAACUACAGAUCAGACACUAAGGACCUUCACGUUUCGCUGAUGUAGUUUUUGGAGGAAAAAGGGGGGGAGUGAAGGGCGUCGGUUUUUUUUUGUGUGUGUGUGUGUAUGUGUUUCGGGGGAAAUUUUCCAUUAUGAGUGUUUUACUAAAGUGAAUUUUUUUUUGUUUGCUUCGUUCGUCUUUGGCCCUUUUUUUUUUCCUUCCCAAUUUCGGAUUUAUUUCAAGGCGAAUCUGGCUUUGGGGGAAGAGGAAGAAAAGUCGGAUUACAAGAUCAACCACCACCAACAACAAUAAAAACCACCAGGAUAUUUUUUGCAAAUUUCUGACGGCUUUAAAUUCAUGAAGCAAUUGUCCCCUUUUGCAAUCAGCAUUUGGAUCUCAGAAUGAGCAAGGAAAGACCCAAGAGGAAUAUCAUUCAGAAGAAAUACGACGACAGUGAUGGGAUUCCGUGGUCAGAAGAAAGGGUGGUACGUAAAGUCCUUUAUUUGUCUCUGAAGGAGUUCAAGAAUGCCCAGAAGCGGCAGCAUGGGGAAGGCAUUGCUGGGAGCCUGAAAACAGUGAAUGGGCUCCUUGGUAAUGACCAGUCUAAGGGAUUAGGACCAGCAUCAGAACAGUCAGAGAAUGAGAAGGACGAUGCAUCCCAAGUGUCCUCCACUAGCAACGAUGUUAGUUCUUCAGAUUUUGAAGAAGGGCCGUCGAGGAAAAGGUUAGUACCCAAGGCUGAAAAUAUUGAUGAGAAAAAAGAGAGACAGAAGACCAUCCUUUGCCUAGGAGAUAAAGCUCUUGGUGUAAAGACUCAGUACAUGAUUUUUACUCAACUUAAGUUAGUCAGUGUAGAGCCAUCAUCUUGUACUGAUGAUGAAGCUAAACAAAGAUUGUGUUUUCAAAAUUUUGUGCGUGGCCUGAGAAUUCUGCUGUCUGGACAGUUUAACCUUCAGAGCAGUGUGACCUCCAAGGAACAGAGAUCAGAUUGCAGGGAUAUCACUUCCACCUUCCAUGCAAAUUAUGGCCUAGCAUGCUUUGUGGUUGCCACGGAAACAGCCGG